AUGGCGCAUCCUUACUCUUCCACCCCGAUGUACGCGGGCACACCGUCAUACGCGCCUCAGCAGCAGUCCUACUAUCCCUCCUAUCCAUCUAAUGGCCUACAGCAACAGAUCCAGACCCCUCCGGGCCUCCUUCAGCAGCCUGCGCAGGGGCAGGGUCAACCAUCGACGUUUCCUACCUACCAGCAACAGCAGCAGCAGCAGCAACCGUCGCCCUCGACCACUGGUCCGAGAUUUGAGCAGAACUCGCAGCUGCCUCUUCCUACGCCGUCCUUUCCUCCUUUCCCACCUCCUCCCAUCAACUUCAAUUCCGACUUCUUCAAACAGUUUGCAAGCGGGAGCUUUCUGCCUCCACCUCCUCCCAAUCUCCCUCCAGUCCCACUUCCCAGUCCCGGAUAUCCCCAGCUGAGUGCAGCGGUGAACACGUCCACCUCGUCACCAUAUUCGCAGUUUUCUACAGCUGGAGUGCAAGGUUUUGGUUCAGGUUUUGUACAAAACGAACAGACGAGGCAGCAGCACGGCGACCCAUACAUAGGAUCACAACAAGGCGCUCAUGCUGGGACGGAAUGGCCAAGAGACAGCCACACAUACAGCGCACCUGUGGCAGCACAGAGCGCAAGUUCAAGCAAUCCACGCCCCAUCUCCAGGGGUGUGAUAAGCCUACCUGCAGAUCAGUCGCUUCCCUCGUUUGGCUCGAGAUCUGACCUUGACAUGCUUUUCGCGACUGCCCAGAAUCUGAUGGGCCAAGCGACGCCCGCUCACGAAACGGCUGUCUCUCAAAAGAUAGAUAGAGACGACCUUGGCGAGCAUGAUCCAGCGAUGGAUGGUGGUGCUUCUCCCUAUGAUCCCACUCGACCAGCGACCAUCCAAGACAGAUCGUCCGGGAGCUUCGGACCCACCAGCAAUGCCUCCAAAGGUCACGGCCCAAAGAAGGUGGAGAGAGUCUACGACAACAAGUCACACACUGAGUUGAGACAACUCGCUAAGGGCGCAGUAUUAUCUCUCGUACCUCACAAGAUCCUUUACGCAGACCUCGUCAAGGAAGGCGUCAAUCCGCAGAUCUUGCGGGAGUUGUAUGGAGAGCUUGGCCUUAAGAUUGAACCGGAGCAGUCCAAAGAAGAUGUCUCCAUGGCUGACGCAGACGGAUCUCCGCCAGCGCAGCAAGCGAAGGUCGAUAUGCAUGAGUACGCCGUCACACAAACUGGUGCUCAGACUGGCAUCCCACCAGCUUCUACUGCUCUCGCUGCAUCGGCAGUGGCCUCUGAGCCCCCACCACCGCCGGCAGGCAUGGAUGCGAAGAGGCAACAGACAGCACCAAAUCCUAGCCUGGAGCGAAAAGAUAGGAUCGCACAGCUCCUUGCUGCGAAGGCGGGUCGAUCUACUUCCCCUCAGGUCGCUCAACCAAUCGUUACACGAGAAGAGUCUUCGCUGCCACUUCCUGUCACGGUUUCUACAAAUGCGUCGGAAGUUGCCGCAACCCUUGCUACCUCACAAGUUGCGCCCGCCACCCAGCCAGAGACCCCUGCCACUCUGGCCGUUACUGGUGUAAUCAAACCAAAGGCACCCAUUGGGCUGGUGAAGCAGAAGAUGGAACAGCUGAAGCGGGAGGCACAGGCCCGGAACGAAGCUAAUCUAGCACAACCUUCUUCGGCACAAGAGAGCACUCCUGACCGCGACGGUUCGGUCGACGUGACCGAGUCGACCCUUCAGCUCGGAGCCUUCACGCCUCUGGUCGCGAGCAAAGUGUCAUCCUCCAAUCAACCCUCAGUAACCUCUCUGAUACCAGGAUUGUUUAUGAGCUCCAGCGAGGCGCCUGGGAUCGCUGAAUCGACUAGUCAACCUUUACCGUUUCAAUCUUCGUCCUCCCUAAUUCCAGCGAAGCGCUCCUCAGACCCAAAUACCGCUUCAUCAGCUUUCCAACCCCCAAACAAGAAGCCGAACAUGCAACAGGAUCUGCCACAUACAUCAUCUAUUCCGCCCGCAGACAACGACCUCGACUAUGACUCGGAAGGCGAAGUUGUUGAAGAUACCGAAAAUGAUAUGAUGGCCCUAGAUCACGAGCCAGAUCAAACUGCUCGGCGAGAAGAUCAGCCUCAAGAGUCGUCCCUCGCCACCUCUCCCCCCUCAAGCAGGUCCGCAGGCGUUGACCAAGUUGCCGCGGCGUCGCUGCAACCUGCUUCCAACAAUGGACCUGGAAGUGAUCAACUGUACCGGGCCAAGCAGUCUGAGAUAGAAGCUAUGCGGCGGAAGAUUGCUGAGAUGGAGCGCAACAAGUUGAAGCGAACCAGGAGCCAGUUGGAAUCCCCGUCAUCUUCGAAGCCUGCGACGCCUCCAGUUGGCGGCGAAGAACAUCAGCCGAGCAGCUCGCCAAUCGCUCAACCGCUUGAGUUGAGUGGAUCCCAGCGACAGACUUUCGGGAAUAGGACGGCGUCCAAACUGACUCGGGAGCAACUUCAAGAACGAGCUGCCGCUUUGAAGGCAGAAGUUCUAAGGCAGCGCUCACAACGUCAACAAGUGUUGCAAGAGGGCCUACCAGAUCUUAAUGCCGAAGUAAAGAAGACUGAGAGUCGGCUGGAAAACUCACGCAAAGAGCUAAGCCGGAUUCGUGGACAAAUCCAAAACCUCCAGGCAGAGUUGGACCGAUUGGUUGUGCAAGAGAAGGAGCUUAAUGAGGAGGUUGGCCGUUUCGAACAGCAGCUCAAAGAAGGCCAAGAAGGUCAGAAGCAAUACUCAGAUGAGUUGCAACAGAUCAAGCUCGAGAAACUUGCGGAAGAACAAGCAUUACCUGCUCAGCAAGAACCGGUCAUGAACCCAGCGGCGCAGCCAGCAACUAGGACAGAUUCACAGCCACUGCCAGGCUUGAGCAAUGGAGAUGUCGCCAGCCAAGGGUCAACUCACCAAGACGACCAGGAUCUGCUCGCUGUGCAGCUGGACUCUGCCGCUGCAACGCUUGCUGAGGACGAUGCUCAAAUGCGAAUGGAAGACAAUGGCGACAACCUAACGCCAGACCUGAUCACAUCCUCGGCACUCGGACCUACGAUUGAGCACGGACAGGGAAUGCGGACAGAUGAUGUUCCAGAGCCUCCUGCUCCCGACCGUUUCGAGAUCACUCCGCCUGAAGAACCCGAUUCCACCGAUGCGCAACUUCAGGCUGCUCUUGACGAUCAACUGGGAGCAGGCGAAAUGGAGAUCUCACCCGAACCUGAAUAUUACGAGGAAUCUCACGAGACGCUGCCAAAAACGUCCAUGGGACAAGAGUUGACUGAGGAGACAAUGGACAUGGACAACGAUAGUAACGGAAGUGCGAGCAUGUCUGGUUCGGAUGACGAAGAGGAAGAGGAAUAUGAGCCAGCUGGGGUUGGCUCUUCUGCCUCCAUGCACGAAGAUGAGUACGAGCCUGCCGAUGUCGACACUUCUGUGCCAAUGCAACAAUCGGACGACGAAGGCGAGUAUGACCCUGAGACAGCCCCCAUCGAAAGUGGCACACCAACGACUGGGGUCCCAGAGGAGACCGAUGGUUUUCACAACCCAACAGCAGUUGUGGACGUAGCAGCAGCGGCUCCCACUCCAGCCGUGUCUGAGGCUCCUGUCAACGACAGCUCAGCAACGGCAUUGAACGCUGUUGGGUCUCCCACGGAGGGGCGGGCCCCGAUUGAUGAUGUCUCCGUUGUUUCAGAAGUGCCAAUCAACACCCGGGACGAUCUCGAAUCAGAUGCUCAACUUACCGAAGUCGAUGCCAUAGUCAAACCGGCACCAAGACCGAGCGAAGCAGCUGAGGCGGUUGCUCUCCUUAGCGGCACUACCACCCCAACCGUCCACUACGUACCCUACAAAACUCCCUUCAGCUCCUUCAAGAGCUACCGGUUUCACUCUGACUUCAACGAAACCGUCAAAUCGGGCUACCGCUCGUUGACAUACAGCAACAAUAUCGAUCACUCCCGCCCUCUCUGCCCAACCGAGCUUUCUGGCCAAACCUGCAAUGAUCAGAACUGCGAAGAGCAGCAUUUCAGCCAGCUCGGGCUGCCAGAUGAGAAGAUCCUUGUGCAAAUGUCGUCAGCGAGCGAUAUCAAGGAUAAAGCCACCAAGGAUGAAUUCCAUACAGGGCUGAAGCAGGUUAUCGCCGAUCUGAGAGCCCAUGAGGUCAAGGACUUUGAGAAGGUGGCCGAAGCCCUUUCGAAAUAUCGAAGAGAUUUCUCUGCUGCGAGGGAGGAGAAGGACAAUGAGCCAGAGACCACAACGAAGGAAGCCGAAUCUAGCCCCAGUGGAGGAGGUCCAGAUUCUUAG